UCUUUAUUCUCAUUCUCUCAGGUAAAAUUAGUCAACGACAUUGGCACCCAUCCAUUGAAUAGUGGCAAGUGGGAAGAAUGGCCAUGGACAAUGCUACAGCAAUAUUUGAGUUUCUCCUUAUUGGAAUUUCUGACUAUCCUGAGUGGAGAGUUAUAUUUUUCACCUUGGUGCUGAUAACUUACCUCAGCACAUUGUUGGGGAAUGGACUUAUCAUCUUUCUUAUCCACAUUGACUCCCACCUCCACACUCCAAUGUACUUCUUCCUUAGUAACCUGUCUUUCUUAGACCUUUGCUAUGGAACAGUCUCCAUGCUACAGACCUUGGUGCAUUGUUUCUCUACCCAUCCCUACAUCUCUUACCCACGAUGUUUGACCCAAAUUAGUGUCUCCUUGGUCUUGGCCACAGCAGACUGUCUCCUACUGGCUGUCAUGGCCUAUGACCGUGUGGUUGCUAUCAGCAAUCUGCUGCGCUAUUCUGUGGUUAUGAAUGGCCCAAUGUGUGUCUGGCUAGCUGCUACUUCAUGGGGGGCAUCAUUUGUGCUCACUGCCAUGCUCAUCUUAACCUUGAAGCUUCACUUUUGUGGGGAUAGUGUCAUCAACCAUUUUGUUUGUGAGAUACUCUCCCUCCUUAAGCUGGCCUGUUCUGACACCAGCCUUAAUGAGCUUAUGAUCCUCAUCACGGGUAUUUUCACCCUGCUCUUACCCUUUGGGUUUGUUCUCCUCUCCUAUGUUCGAAUUGUUGCUAUUGUCCUAAGGAUUCACUCAUCCCAGGGUAGGAUCAAGGCAUUCUCUACCUGUGGUUCUCAUUUGACUGUGGUAGCAAUCUUCUAUGGAGAAGCCAUUUCCACGUAUAUGAAACCACAAUCCAAGUCAUCCCCUGACCAGGACAAGUUUAUCUCAGUGUUUUAUGGGGCUUUGACACCCAUGCUGAACCCCCUAAUAUAUAGCCUGAGAAAUAAGGAUGUUAAGGGGGCAAUGAGGAAAGUUAUGGCAAAAAGGGCAUAA